AGAUAAAAACGUGUCCAUGGAAAGGUUAUAAUGAUGAGUUUACAUCAUAGAAGGACUCAGAAACUCACCAUGAAGAUCCUUCUCCUCCUCGCCAUCCUUGGGCUCGCUGCUGCCGUCCCCAUCAGUGAUGAUGAUAAGAUUAUUGGUGGUUACACCUGCCAGGAAAGCGCUGCACCCUACCAAGUGUCUCUAAAUGCUGGAUACCAUUUUUGUGGAGGGUCCCUGUUUAGCACCAUAUGGGUGAUUUCUGCUGCACACUGCUACCAAAAGAAUAUUGAGGUCCGGCUUGGAGAACACAACAUUGGUGUAUUGGAAGGACCAGAACAAUUUAUUAAGGUCGCUAAAGCUAUCAAGCACCCACAAUAUGACCCUAACUUUCUCGAUAAUGACAUCAUGUUAAUUCGGCUCCGUAAACCAGUCAAGAUUAACAGCCAAGUCAGAACUGUCAGCCUGCCCACUCGCUGUGCAAUGGAGGGCACUCGCUGUCUGAUAUCUGGAUGGGGGAAUACGCUGAGUGAUGGAGCUAAUUAUCCUAAUCUCCUGCAGUGCCUUCAGGCCCCCAUUCUUAACAACCAAGUGUGCCAAGAUGCCUAUCCUGGAAAAAUUACUGAGAACAUGAUUUGCGUGGGGUAUAUGGAUGGUGGAAAGGACUCUUGCCAGGGUGACUCUGGCGGUCCUGUGGUUUGCAAUGGAGAGCUGCAGGGAGUUGUAUCCUGGGGUUAUGGCUGUGCCUUGCCCGGAUACCCGGGUGUAUACACCAAGGUGUGCAACUACUUGUCCUGGAUUGAGAAGACUAUUUCCAGCUAAGUGUUUCAAACUGACACACCAGCAGAAGAAGGUCCUGAUGUUUAUGAAAAUUGCAAUAAAAAUUAUUCUGGAAAUCA